UGACAAACAGAGCGCCGAUUGCUCAUGGUAUCGAAGUCAACCAACUGAAUCUGAAUGGCGGACAAACAAGCGCAAUUAAGAUGCCACGAUAGACCGUCAUUGGAGUGAAAAGACCAAAGCGUGACUAAAACAGAUUUAGUGAAAAGCAAAGUCUGGACUGUGUUCUAUGUUUCUUGAGGAUUUUGUUAGCAAUUAAAAUUGUGGCUUUUCAUUCAUGUCCCAGAACCAUUCAUUGAAACUCGGUCAGAGUAGACGUUAAUGGGCACCUUUUUUAUAAGCUGAAGUUCUAGAUAAGUUGCAGAACUGAUGAAACGAUGUAUAUCUAGAGCGAUUUCAAACCGUGUUUUUUCCACAUUGAUUUUUGCCAAUUUACUCAUUGCCAAAGGGGCACUAAAGCUACUCUAACAGAAUGGACAGUGCUCGGACGAUAAAAGUUGAUGGCGCUGUUUAUAGGCCCCUCCUAGACACCACCAUAACCAAAGAAGAUCUCCGCAAGGCUAAACAAGAACUAAAUGAAAGACCAGAAGAGAGGAGGAAACAUGUUGAUAGAGUGAGAAAAUAUUUAUCAAAAGAAAAGGAUCUAAAUACAAGAACAGAUGAAGAGUUUCUAGUUCGUUUUUUAAGAGCAAGAAAAUUCAACGAUGAAAGAGCUGCCAAUUUAGUUAAAGACCAUUACAGGUACAGAUCAAAGAAUCCUAGAUUGUUUCAACGGCCAAAAGAUAUGGAAGAUAUUUUACGAUGCAAUAUUUUCAACUAUUUGUCACAUAGAGACCCUCAGGGACGAGCCAUUUUUCUUAUGAAGAUUGGGUUGUGGUGUACAGAGUCCUACAGUUUCAAAGAGUUCGUAGGAGCAGGAAACAUAUUGAGUCAUUGGGUUCUAAAAAAUCCUGUCACGCAGAUUAAUGGAUACGUAGGAAUUUGGGACUUUAAAGAUUACUCAUUUCAACACUUUUCCAAUUCUUGCUCACCUCGUCUAAUGUGGAUGCUAUCAUCUCUCAUGCAGGACUGUUUUCCUGGACGAUUUAAAGUUGCUUAUUGUGUGAAUUGUCCACCUCUUGCUGAUGUAGUAUGGAAGCUGUUCAAGCCGCUGAUUCGGGAAAAAUAUCGAAAACGGAUCGUAGUUAUUGGAAAUGACAUGACAGAACUUCACAAAUACAUUCAUCCUUCUGUCCUCCCCGAAGAAUAUGGAGGUGAACUUCCACCAUCUGAUUCCACAGAAGCAGUUGGCAAACUUAUGGAGAUGGAUUCCGAAUGGGACAGAGAGAAGAAGUACGGUUACCGUAUACAGUCAAACCGUUGUAAAGAUGAAGAUGAAGACCAAGAUAUAAUGGCCACAAACGCUCAAGAAGAACCCUGUAUUGCUUAGUUAUUGAGCUUCAGUGAUUCAUAUCUACAAUACAGAGCUCAGUUAACUUAGAUAUUGUAUUUGUUGUAAAAUUGUUCUUUUUUUCCUUCUAUACCGAUAGUUAACCAAAGGUGCUUCCAUGGACCCGGUUAACUACGCAGAAUGUGUUUUUGGUGUUAAUUCGUUUUAACUUGUUUUGUCUAAUUAUUGUUGAGGAUAAAGUGUCAAGGAAAAAAUUUGACGUUUUCGCUAGUAAAACAACAAAGACAUUGUAAUUUACUACUUUUGCGAUUUAUAACAUAACUUAGUUAACGCAUAACAUACCAGAGCUCAGUGAACUUUGUAGAACAUUUAAUUUACGGCAAGACUAUUUUUGUGUUUUAGUUUUGUACCAAUUUUCAAGAGCUCAGUUAACUCUGUUGGAUAUUUUAUUUGUUGUAUAACUGUUUUCAUCAUUCUCUAACAAUCGUGCGCUUAGAAGCGUGUUUAAUUAACUAACUAUAGAUAGUUAAUCAAACGAUCUUCUGAGGGCGUAGUUAACUUAUUAGAAUGUGUUUUUGGUGCAAAUUUGUUUAUUUUGUUUUGUUUAAUUAUCGCUGCUAGUGAUGUAGAAUAGGACCAAUAUAGCUCCAAGCAAAAACUCAUAAGUUAUUUUCUAAUGAUGAAAACUAGGAAACAUGAGAGGCAUUAUUAUUGACAAUGCUAUUUCAUCGAUUCUUAGCGAAAAUAAUUAAUUUUUAGGAAUUUAUAAUGAAACUCGGUUAAUUUUGUAAAUAUUAUGCUCGUUGUAAAACUGGUUUUAUAUUUUUGUUUUUUAUAAUAGUUAACCAAGCGAGAUUUUUUUGCCCUUGUUAAUGACGCAUAAUGUGUUUUCGUUGUAAAUUCAUUUUAACUUUUGUGUAUUUAUUGCAAAAAUAAUGCGUAUAUUCAAAAUAAUUUAUAAUUGGAUCGUUGUAGCUUCAAGCGAAAAUAAUUAAUGCUUAUCGCUCAAUUUCGUUAUAAUUUAUGUACUGAGUUUUGUGUAUUUGUACAAUUAUUUCAUAUUUAUUCGCGCGGUGUAAUACAUUAAAGAGGAAAAUUUUUUAACUUUAAAGCAACUAAAGAAUUUUUCACGAAGUAUAAAAUUUUUCGCACAACCAGAACGUUAACGUUCUAUGAUAAAUAAAACAUUUAUUUGAAGUUUUUAGAGACUUUUUUGUUGUUUGAGAACAAGCUUGGAUAAUUUUGGUAAGUGUUUCAAAAAAAAAUGCAUAGUUUUACGUUUCAGAAAAUUAAUGAAAGCACUUAUGUUUUUUUUUGCAAAUUCACAGUUCCUUUAAACUUAUCAAAAUUCUGUCAAUAAUUUGACUAGAGGCUUUUUACAGAAACGCAAUUAAAUUACAACAAACAUUUAAAUGCAUAAACAUUUCUGGACAUGAAACAUAACCAUUAAAAUAUUUUAAAUAAAUCUAUUUCAAAAUAAAAAAAUAACUUCAACUUUUAUUUAAUUAAUCAAAUACCUGAAAUCUCUUUAAAUCUGAUUGGUAGUUUUUCAUUAACA